AUGAAUACAGGAGAGCUUGUAGACUGCCCGUUUUGUGGUUUCACUGAUCAUGAUCACUACUUCCUUCUACAGCACGUUGAGACCGUACAUCCUGAAGGCGGCCGCCCUUCUCCUUUCGCUGCCAGAGAGGAUCUCGCACACCGAGUUGAGCCUCCCGCCGAAGAAACGGAAGGCGCGAGCGACAUUUCCUCUGAGUACAUCGAAUGCCAGUGUGGCGAAUUCUGUCUUUUCACGGAAUUCGAAAGCCACUUGGAUAUGCACUAUGCCGAAGGCAUGGGCGUCGACGAGACCUCAAAGACCCAAGCUAAUGUAGCCGCGCCAGGAUCCACUCUUGAUCCCGGCAAAGCCCCGUCCCCUCAAAUGGACUUUCCUUCACCUACUUCUCUCCAUAUUGUACCAUCUGGCCCGAGUCGACCCAUUCCAACCAGAUCCGUGGUAGACCGUUCUCACUGUAGCACAGGCCGGAAGAGUGGUAACGCUGUUCGAGAUUUCAUUGAUGCCUUAUGCCAUUCAACAUCGCCGCCAUCCAGGAAGUCUUCUCAAGCAACUUGCAAUAGAUUCCCUCGAAGACUAGGUAGAGCUGAGUUGGGCCCUCAUGCUCACGAAGAACAAAUGCCAGAUUGGCUACGCAAGGAGCUUGAGAUUGGCGCAAAAGUUAAGGUUACCAAUCAGAUUACUCCGGAUGGCCGACUGUUGCGAAUAGAGAAUGUUGCCAACGAAGUUCGAGGCGUCAUCUCAGUCAUCGCGCAACUCUGUGAGCAGGAUCCUGCCGUCUCCAGGGCCUAUCUUUGCCAUUCUGACGUCAUGCAUGUCGUCAAGUUGGCCAAAGAAGGUGGAUUCUGUGGCUAUCGAAAUAUACAGAUGAUGAUAUCUUACAUCCAGGACGCGCGAUCAGAGGGUCAUCGACAUUUUCAAGGGAGACUUCCCUCCAUCAUUCAAAUUCAAGACAUGAUUGAAAGUGCAUGGGAUCGAGGUUUCAAUUCACUCGGUAGAAUCGAGACGGGCGGUAUUCGAGGAACGAGGAAAUAUAUCGGCACACCGGAGGCUCAAGCGCUACUACAGAAUUUAGGCAUUGGAUGCUCGGCGGAUGCCUUUAAUGAGGGCCAAGAGCUACCAACUCAUGAGCGUCUGCUAGAAGCCGUUGAGCGGUACUUUCUUGCAUCUUGUCCAUCACCAACUUCGUCCCAUAAAGUUUUCCGAACGUCACUGCCUCCUAUAUAUUUUCAACACCCAGGCCAUUCAAUGACAAUCGUGGGCUUCGAGAGGCGGAAUAACGGAUCUUGCAAUUUGCUAGUCCUUGACCCAAUGUUCAAGCCGUCUCCAGGCGUCAGCCGUUUCAUCGGAGUCCAAUUUCGCACGGCAGCACCUGAAAAACUACUUAAGGCCUAUCGCAGAGGCUCAUCCUAUCUCCGCAAGUACUCAACAUUUGAGAUCUUGAAGCUAGCAUCACGUGCACCGGAAAGAGCAGGAUGGCGCGGCUUAUGA